UUCAGAACUGUUCAAAAGUUCUCCCAAAAGUCUGUGAAACCAGGCUUGCAUAGACAUGAUGGAAUUCUUGAAUGUUGAUGUUUGGUGAAAAAAUACAAUUUCAAAGUAUUUUCAGAUGGUCGAAACAGUGCCGGAAAUAUAUCAGAAGAGAUGAAGUACGGAGAGGAAUAGUGAAAUAUUUGUGAAAACUACAGUGAAUGCUACAUACAGGCAAUAGCUAACCGUUAGCCAAAGUUAGCCAGGAAGCACAAAAAUACCAGUGUUAACUUAACUUUUCUGGAAACCCAGCACUUCCUUUAAACUCAAACAUCCAUUUUCACCUGCUUAUCCGUUACCGGGUCACGGGGGCAGCAGUCUCCAUGACCACCACCCAGAUCCCACUGUACCGUACCACCCCCCCUGCAGGUGGUCAGUCCACUGGAAGGUACCAACCGCCCUAACUGGGAUUCUAACUCACCCAGGAGGUGAACUCUGGGGUUCUACACCAAUGACAGAGACAUGGCCUCUGGGCCAAAGGGCCACUGAACUCAAACAUAUGUUUAAUCCUAGAAAAUCUCAAAUAAGCAGAGAUAUUUUUUUCCACAUUUUAUUUCAUUGUAGUCCUAUUUUUAUCUUUAUUAUCUUAUCUUUAUUUAAAAUAAUAACUUUGCUGAAGAAACAGAAAUCUUUUUAUCUCCACCUAAAACGAAAUAUUCAUGAGUCAUUUCAACACUUUGCUUUAUCCUUUCUUCCCUCUCUAAAACACACACACGAGGAAGUGUUGCUGCAUUUAUGUCCACUAUAACAAUAGCAGUGUGGAAUUCUGGGUAUUAUUUUAGCACCGUUCCAGAACUUUAUCUCCGCGGAACAAGACUUCCUCUCUGAGCGACUCACGCUUCCUGUCAGGGAGGGGAAGGGGCGAGCAAAGCAGGGAAAGAAUAAGAGAGAGAGAACAGUGUUUUGUCUUCAGUGAGCGGAGCGAGGGAGGAGGAGGAGAAGAGAAAAGGGAGAGGAGUUUUCCAGAAGCCUUUUCUUCACGUGCACAUUGGUUCCACAGCUGCUACUGUCCACCACUGUCCACAGACUGUUUCCACCUGAUUGUAGGAACAUUGGGACCAAUGGUGUUCCUUCUUCAUCGUCAUGUUCUGUGACAACUUCACAGAUGUUUGUAUUCAGAGGAAUAUGGAACUUUGGGAAUCUCCGGGAAAGAUGCUGAACUGAUCUGGAAUCCACCGUUUGGAGGAACGUUCCUCUGUUCCGGCCUCACUCCUGGCACCUGGCAAAACUUUCAGAUCUGCCUCCUCCUCCCUCCCCUCCUCCUCUUCCUCCAUCACCUCCUCCUUCUCUCCAGGCCCCCUCCACUAACUCGGCGCCUCUCCCUCCACCUCCUCCUGAUCUGGCUCCUCCCUCUGCCAUGCAGCUUCACCCUGGAUCCUUCAACUGGACCAGUAAUGACCACAGGGACUGGUACCAAAAACCAGGGGCAGUAGUAGGACGUGUGUGACUUUCAUGAUGUCCCAUGAUGACAGGAACAGUGACCUGUCCAUCCAGUGGAGUCAGCUGACCAGACCAUAUUCCUCCACCGACCGAAGUAGUUCUCUGGGCUCCAUGGAGAGUUUGGACACGCCAACUCCCAGCACGCAGCCGUAUUCUGACUCCAGGAAUUCACCUAUUGACGCAGCCACUAUCAACAGCAAGAGAGACUCCGCCUACAGCUCCUUCUCCGCCAGCUCCAACACUUCUGACUACGCCACAGUUCCACUCCGGCCUGAGGAAACCUGCUCCAUGGAGAACCUCCUCCACACACUGGGACCUGCUGGAGAAACCUCCAACCAGAGCCAUUCUGCUGCUCCAGAGGAGGUGCAACUGAAGUCCAGAUCCCUGACCAGACCCAGACCAAGGCCUGUGGAGGUCAGAGAGCGACCUUCAUCCUGCUGUUACGAGGUUGAGAGGAGAGGAGAGAAUAUUAAAAUGGGUAGAAACGGAGAAGAGGGAGGAUCACAGGAUGGCAGAACAAAUCCUCCUCAACCUCCAACCAGGAAGGACAGUUUCAGAGCGACUCGAGGUCGCCUCAUUCCAGAUGGCCAAAGUUGUGCCUCUGCUGCCAGUGAAGCUUCUGAUGUUUCUUCUCACUCUGAUGGAAACCUGUCUACUCUGACUGUUGAGUCUGAAACUCAGAAUGGCUUCUCAGAGCAUGAGGACAAAAACCAAACUGUAAAGGAAGAAGGAGAUGGACAUUUUUUCCCAAACCAGACUGCAGAGAUGAGACAAGUCAAAUGUGAUGCUGGUUCUGUUCCGGAAUCGUCCUCUGCUGUACCUUUUGUGAAAGUUCCAGUUCGGACCAAACAUUCCUCUGCGUCUCCGCAGCGCCACAGUGCUCCUGAGAAACUCCUGAUCAUGCAGCUUCAGUUCCUGCAUUUGGAAAGCAACGGUUCUUCUCUGGAGGCACCAAAGCCUGCUGAUCUUCAGAAUUCAAACAGCCAGUUAAGUUCAAGUUCUUCCCACCAUACUGCAGGAGAAGAUCAGGAAGGUCCACAUCACCACGUCAACGCUGCUAUGAACAAACAUGAUGAAACUCCAGGAUUCAUGCUCUUUGGAGAUCAUGGGGUUUUAAGUGAUGGAGCCAAAGGAUCAUCUGUAAACGGUGGCUCAGUCCAGAACUAUAACCACUGGGGCCGCUCUAACAGUGUUCCAGAUGAUCAUGACGGACCAUCGACCCAGGAACACAAGAUCUUCAAGCAGAUGUUGCAGGAGGAUUUCCAGCCGCUUGGUUCUGCUGCCAGUGUGGACACGUUACUGGAGGAACAGAGAGCUGCAGACAGGGGAGGACGAACAGAGGAAGGCAGUGAAGGAGAAACAGCCUUGAGGAAUUCAAACACUUCAAGACAUAAUCGCAGGAACCGCCGCCGCAGCGACAGAUUUGCCACCAACCUUCGUAACGAGAUACAAAAGAAAAAGUCCCAGCUCCAGCGGAGCCGUGGACCUGGAGAGUUACUCUGCAGCGGAGAAACCGUCCAGGAAGAAGAGGGCCCAGACCUCAGCGAACAUCACACAAAGUCAGAUGUAGCCAAGAACCAGAACAGAACCGGGGUUCCUGCUCCACCUGUGGAAAUUCAGGAUGUCAGGCUAACAUCGACUCUGGAAAAUCCAAACCGUUUAUCUGGAUCAUUCCAAACACAUUCAAUGUUCUCCACGUCCAGGAAUGUUCUGAUGCUGGAUACUGGAGUUCCCGGUCCUGGACUGGGAGUCCGAGUGGUGGAAGAACCUGCUCCUGCUGGAAAAGCUCGACGCUGGCGUUGGACUCCAGAGCAUAAACUUCAACCUGAACAAGAAGCAGAUCGACGAGGCAGAAUGUUGGGUGAUAAGACUUCAGGACUCACUAGACCCUCCUCCAGUCGCUCCUCUUCCUGUCCCCCUGUGGAAGAGUAUGACAUCCUCCCUUUUGCUGACAGAAUGAGGUUCUUUGAAGAGACGAGCAGAAUCACCUGUGGACCAAGUGUUCCAGGUCUGUCUGGCCAUCCACAGAAGAAGCCAGGACACCGUCCUGAACAGUCUGAGCUUUGUGUUCAACCAACACAAAGAAGACUGUCCUUCCAGGAAAACCUCGUACAUCCAAACACCCUGGAGACCAGGAGACCCUUUCCGUCCACCAGCAGGAGACAACAUGACUCCAGGGAACAGGAAUGGGAACUACAGGACAAGAAGAUAGAGAUGGAACAAGAGAGGAUUAGGGAAAGGGAACGAGAAGAAAGGCUGAGGCAGUGGGAACGGGAACGAGAGAGGGAACUGGAGAUGGAACAGAUCAGAGAGAAGGAACGACUGCAGAUCAAACGGGAGAAUGAGCUGAGGGAGUUGGAGAGGAUCAGAGAGAUGGAACGUCUCCAAAGAGAACGAGAGAUAGAGCUGGAGAUGGAGAAGAUUAGAGAAAUGAGAGAAAUGGAACGACUGAGAAGAGAGCAAGAGAAGGAGCUUCAACGAGAUGAAGCUGGAGCUCGGCUCAGAUCACAUCAGGAGUUUCUUUACAAUCCAGAAAGCCACCAAGGUUUUCAGCAUCUUCACAACUUCCAGGUGUUCCCUCACGUCCAGAGCUUGGGUCAAGUCCCACCAUCAGCUUUCUAUCCCUUUUCCAGUUCUUCCAAGAUCCUGGAAAACCAGGGAUACACACCCAGGUGCCUCGAUCCCACACAGACAUCUGCCAGCAGCAGAAAACAGGAAACCAGCAAAAUCAACAGGAAAUACAGUCUGACGGAGAGAGACUACAUGAGCUGGAGACGUGGUUCCAGACCUCCUGAUGACCACCACUAUGUCCAGCAGCGUUCAUGUUACUCUACAGGCGUAGGCACGGAACAAGGAGAACGUGGCCGAUCUUCAUUUACUCCUCUGGGUCUGAGAGGACGGGCCAUGUCUGAAAACGACCUGUGGGGCGGGCUCUCCGUCUCUCUGAAGACCAAUCAGACCCUGAGUGAGGUGGACGAGAUGGCAGGCUCCGCCAAACCUAGCGGGAAGAAAGCUCCACCUCCAAGACCACCACCUCCAAAGUGGGAAGAGUUUCACCGCAGGAGAGCUUCACAUCACGCUCUCCUCACCGGUUCCUCCUCCACAUACGUGCCUCCACUUCUGGAGCCCAGCAGGCAGCGGUCCUUUAGUCUUCCUCCUGAAAGGAAGGACGUGACACAGAGCUGCCCUCACUGCUCCUACAGCCAAUCACAUCCACAGGAGAACCCAGCAUCUAAUCCGAGUCGAGCAGUCACUUUGGCUCCUCUCAGUCCCAUGUUUUCCAGACGCUCCUUCAGGCCAGUGGCUCCUCCUCAUAGAGAAGGCGAGGAGCAUCAGAGGAGUUUGUACAGGCAGGGGCAUGGAGUGGUGGAGGCGGGGCUUCAGUCAGACUCCAGCAGUUUUCCGGGAGUCUACAUCGACCCCAGCUCAGAUCCAUCCUCAGCUCCAAGAGUUCACCGGGAAAUAGGCCUUCCUGCACCUGAAGGGGUCAGAGGUGCAACUUCUCCUGAGUCCUACUUCUCCAUGGACAAUGAGCAGCAACAGAAACAGAUCCAAAACCAUAGCCUGGAAGCAGGAACUGAAUCAGAGACCACAAUGAGUCCCAGCCCAGCACACAGCGUGGAGACUGACCUGGACGUUCCUCUGGAGACAGACAUUGAUGACUUCCAGGAGGAGGAGCUUCCUGUGCAGGCCGAGCCAAUCACCAGUGAGCUGCCGUGUUUAGCUCUGCCCGUGACCGUCCUGGAGACCGACAUGGACACGGUCCCGGACCGUGAAUCCUCACCUCAGAGCAGGGCUCAGGCAGAGAGCGGGUCAGUGAACGGGCAGCUGCAGACUGAAGAGGUCAGCAGAGAGCAGCAGAGUUCAGAGCAGAUCUUCUCCCAAAACAGUGAAGGAGAGUCAGGAGCAGAGAUGUGGAGAGGAGCCGUUCAGACCAUGGACAACAGCACUGACAGUCUCGAAAGUCGGUCCAGAGCGAGUUCCAGCUGCUCCUCCUACUACAGUACGUCAGCAGCUAAAGCCCAGCUGCUGAGUCAGCUGAAGGACUACGCUGAGGACAGGGAGAGGAACGAAGUCCGGCAAGAAAAUGAGGACAACGAUGAUGAGCUGAACUACAAGAAGCAGCUGAUGGAGAGUCUGAGGAAGAAGCUGGGUGUCCUGAGAGAAGCUCAGAGAGGUCUUCAGGAGGACAUCAGAGCCAACGCUCUGCUGGGAGACCAGGUGGAGCAAAUGGUGGUGUCUGUGUGCAGACCUCAGGAGGUGGACAAGUUCCGAAUGUUCAUGGGAGACCUGGACAAAGUGGUGAGUCUGCUGCUGUCUCUAUCUGGACGACUGCUGAGAGUGGACACCGCCCUUGAGAGCUUGGAGCAGGAGGAGCAGGAGCACCACAGGCUCUCCCUGCUGGAGAAGAAGCGUCAGCUCAUGCAUCAACUGUCUGAGGCUCAGGAGCUGAAGGAUCAUGUGGACAGCAGAGAACAGGCCGUCAGCAGAGUCCUGGCCCAGAGUCUCAGUCCAGAGCAGCACCGGGAUUAUAUCCACUUUGUAAAGAUGAAGGCUGCUCUGCUGGUGGAGCAACGACAGCUGGACGACAAGAUCCGACUGGGAGAGGAGCAACUGAGGGCCCUGAGAGAGAGUCUGGGACUAGGACUGGGGUCAGGACUGGGGAUGUCACUGGUGUAUGGUCAGUACUGAAGAUUUUCUAAAAAAAACACUCUAUACUUUAGCAAACACAAAGAAUGAGAACCAAUGAGACUCUACCAUCCCUGACCCCAAGAGUGGUAGUUUGUACCUGGGAUCAGGACCUGAACAAUGAUAAAAACUGGAAUCAGGACUUCGGACUAGGAUCAGGACAGGAACCAGGACUGAGACUCCACCACCUGUGGAUCACUAAAGACCCAUAAUUCAUUGCUGUAUUUUGGCCGAAAGAGGGAACUCAUGUGACCCAUCAGUGGAACUGAUGAGUUUUUUAUUCCAAGUAAAAUUAGACUGAAGGAAAACAUGUGAAGUUAACUGUCUUUGUUUUCACAAUUGUACUGUAAAAAAUGUACUCUCCAAAAGUAAAAGAGAGUUUGUGCCAAAGAA